CUCCCCGGGUGAAGAAAGCCUCUCCGAAGCGCUCUCUCUCCUCACGACCCAGGCGCUCCGGGCUAGACAGCCACCGAGCCAACCGGAGAGGCGGAACCGGGCCGGCUGCUGUCCGCCGCCCAGCGCUAGCAGAAAGGGCUUGCGAGAACCGCACAAGCCGAGCAUUCCCAAGGGGCCAGAAGGAGGCGGGCGGGGAGCCGCCAGGAGGAGAAGAGAAAGGGUCGGGCAAACGCGGCACUGUGCGGUGCGCAGACCUGAGCAGCUGAUGCGCGCGUCAGAGCCCGGAGCCUUGACGCCACUCGCUUCCGAAGCCCCAACUCCGCUCCGUUCUUGGGCCAGUCGCUAAAGCAGGUGCUCGGCGGAGCCCCUCAGCGCCUUCUUUCCCUCCCUCGCUCCGGGCGUUUGUUUAUUUAUGUAUUAAUUUAUUUUCCUCAUCACGGAGAAGUUCGUUGUGGCAUAGGGGGCGACUGACAGGAUUUGCCGACGAGCAGCUGUCCGCAGCUGAGGGAAACAGGCGUCUGGUGCCUUCGCCUUUCCCCAGGUCUCACACAAAUGACUCAGAUCUGACGUGUUAUCCCCAAAGCCAGCACUUGCCCUUUUAAAGUUUUAUUCCACUGGGCCUUGGAAUAAAUCUGUACUUAAUCUAUAAGUGGCUACACCAGAACGUCUCAAUGCCUAAGAGCAGCAAAGUAACUCAGCGAGAACAGAGCAAUGAGCCUGUCACAGAAUCAGUGGCUGAUCUACUGGCUCUGGAGGAACCUGUGGACUACAGACACAGUGUCUUAAAUGUGGCUUCAGAAAAUUGGAACAAACAGCAGGUUGGGGAAGAAGCAGAUGAUGACAGGCCAGCAUGGAACAACAAGCUACAAUACAUUUUGGCUCAAAUAGGCUACUCUGUGGGACUGGGGAAUGUGUGGCGGUUUCCAUAUUUGUGCCAAAAGAAUGGUGGAGGUGCUUAUCUAGUCCCUUAUCUCAUCCUGCUCAUCCUUAUUGGAAUCCCUCUCUUUUUCCUGGAACUGGCCGUAGGGCAGAGAAUCCGCCGGGGCAGCAUAGGAGUGUGGAAUUACGUUUGCCCUCGAUUAGGUGGCAUUGGAUUUGCCAGCCUCUUAGUCUGCUUGUUUGUUGGACUCUAUUAUAAUGUGAUUAUUGGAUGGAGCAUCUUCUACUUUUUCAAAUCCUUCCAGUAUCCUUUACCUUGGAGUGAAUGUCCUAUUUUAAAAAAUGGCUCAGUGGCAAUCAUAGAACCGGAAUGUGACAAAAGCUCUGCAACUACUUUCUUCUGGUAUCGUGAUGCCCUGGAUAUUUCCAACUCCAUUUCAGAGAGUGGUGGACUUAACUGGAGAAUGACCUUAUGCCUGCUGAUAGCUUGGAGCAUUGUAGGUUUAGCUAUGAUCAAAGGAAUCCAAUCCUCAGGAAAGGUGAUGUAUUUCAGCUCUCUCUUUCCAUAUGUGGUGCUGAUCUGCUUCCUGGUACGGGGUUUGCUUUUGAGAGGGGCAGUAGAUGGGAUUCUACAUAUGUUCACUCCUAAGCUUGAUAAAAUGUUGGAUCUCCAAGUAUGGCGAGAAGCUGCUACUCAGGUCUUCUUUGCCCUUGGUCUAGGUUUUGGUGGAGUUAUUGCCUUUUCCAGUUACAACAAACAGGAUAAUAACUGCCACUUUGACGCAGCCCUUGUCUCCUUUAUCAAUUUCUUCACUUCCAUCUUGGCCACAUUGGUUGUUUUUGCUGUGCUGGGCUUCAAAGCCAAUGUCAUGAAUGAAAAGUGUGUGGUUGAGAAUGCUGAGAAGAUCCUGGGUUAUCUGAACACAAAUAUCUUAAGCCAUGCCCUGAUACCACCCCAAGUGAACUUCUCCCAUCUCACAGCCAAGGAUUACACUGAAAUGUAUGCUGUGAUAAAGACAGUAAAGAAGGAUCAAUUUGAGAAGCUGGGAUUGGAUCCCUGCCUGCUGGAAGACGAGCUUAAUAAGUCAGUGCAGGGAACUGGCCUCGCAUUCAUAGCUUUCACAGAAGCAAUGACCCACUUCCCAGCUUCUCCUUUCUGGUCAGUGAUGUUCUUCCUGAUGCUGAUAAACCUGGGUUUGGGGAGCAUGAUUGGGACCAUGGCUGGCAUCACUACACCCAUCAUUGACAUGUUCAAAGUACGCAAAGAAGCAUUAACAGUUGGCUGUUGCAUUUUUGCUUUCCUCGUGGGGCUGAUCUUUGUGCAACGCUCAGGCAACUAUUUCGUCACCAUGUUUGAUGAUUACUCUGCAACGCUGCCACUCACUCUUGUGGUAAUCCUGGAGAACAUUACUGUGGCUUGGAUUUAUGGAACUAAGAAAUUCAUGCAGGAAUUAACAGAAAUGCUGGGUUUCCGGCCUUCUUGCUAUUAUUUUUAUACAUGGAAGUACAUUUCACCCAUCUGUAUGGCUGGCCUGAUGACGGCCAGUAUAAUUCAACUAGCAGUCAAUCCACCAGGUUAUAGUGCCUGGAUAAGAGAGGAGGCGACAGAGAAAUUUCUCUAUUACCCCAAAUGGGCAAUGGGCAUACUUGUGUCUCUGAUCAUCUUGGCCACCCUUCCUCUGCCUGUGAUCUUUGUCCUCCGCCAAUUCCAUCUGCUGUCAGAUGGUUCUAAUGCUCUGUCAGUCACAUACAAAAAGGGGCGUAUGAUGAAGGACAUAUCCAACUUAGAAGACAAUGAUGAGACACGUUUCAUCUUGAGCAAAGUUCCUAGUGAAACCCCUUCUCCAAUGCCUGCGCAUCGCUCUUACCUGGGCCCCGGGAACACAUCCCCAAUGGAAAUGAGCAAUGUUGCCAAUGGACGCUACAGCAGUGGGUACCUCAUGGAUACCACUCCUGAAUCUGAACUGUGACCAUCAACCAGUAGCCUUCCCCUACUUCCCGGGUGAAAGAGAAGAUAGUCCUGAAGGAGGACAUCCAUUCUUUUUAAAAAAAAGCUUCCCAUCAUGCAUAGCAACCAGAGGUAGAUGAUAUCAAGUGGUAAAAGGUUGAGAAGGAAAGUUGCUUUCCUUCUGGUGCUCUCCAAAUGAAAUACCAGAAUUUUCCUCAGUGAAUAAUAGUAAUCGUAGGACAUUGCAAUAAAUCUUAUGGGCAAAAGGGAAAUUUUAGCUAAUUGGUAUUGAAAAACACAGAUAACCUGUUUCAAAAAAUCUAAGAUUGGAGGAGAGAGAUGGAAUAAGGAAACAGCCAAAACAAGAAAACAAGAAGCAGCUAGUUUCCUGACUCUCUCUCUCUCUCUUUCUCCAUCCCUUACUUUUAGUUAGGAGAAGAGGCUUUUAUCCCAUAAUUACCACUAUUCAUAGCACAAGAUUUAAAAAGCCCUAUAUGUAUUCUACCAGGACCAUAUCCAAGUUGCACAGUCUUAGUGAAGAGUUCUUACAACUCUUCACUAAGAUACAUUUUAUGUACACAGCACAUUAGAAUGCUUGUUGUUGCAUUAUGUGAGAUUGGUGAUGUUAUUGCUGAAGAUGGAUAAAAAAAACCCUGAAAGGUGUUUAUUUCAGUGAAGCUGGCCGUGGUAUGCAUGCUGCUGAGACUCACAGUGUUCCUCUAUCACAAAUUCAGGUUUGUGCCAUGUGUGUCAGUCAGAACCGGAACAUAGCUCUAUUAGUGUAUUUUUCUAGAAUUAACAAUGUCAUUCAUGACAUUAUUUACAGAACUCUAAUUAAACACUGACAUUAAAUGUUUUAUGAAAUAUAGGGCAUAGUAAGAAUUAUUCUAGUAGCAGCUCUUUUCUACAAUAGAGAUGGAGAGAAUCAGUAGCUCUCCAGGCUGUUAGAUUUCACUGGCAUCAACUAAGAAGGCUAAUGAUAAGGAAUGCAGGGAACUGCAGUGCAACAACAUCUGAAGGGCUUCAGGUUCUCUACUCCUGUUAUGUGGGCACACACUAAAUACAUGGGAGGAUCUUCCUAUAUUAUAAUUUGGGAAGGAAUGACAAGCACAUUAAAAACAUUGAUAGCACAUUUCCUUCAACAUAGCACAUGGGAAUUAUGCCCCCCCCGGCCAAGAUUAAGUGUGGUGGGAUUAUCAAACUUUCUAAACUAUGUUUUGUAUUUUAUACCUAAGAUAAUUUAAACAUUUUCUUCAAACUGUUACCUCUAACUGCAGUGAGGAAGAUAACAACAUAUUAUCAAUCAUAGUAUCAGCUAUUGAUAGAAUUGGUAAGAAGUCUAGUGGCAGAGUUCUUGCUUCCCACUUAGUCACAUUCAGUUAGUGGUUCAAACAAGCAGUGCCAAUUUUUAAAACCAGUUUUUAAAUAUUCUCCUCCUCCAAAAUUGUACAAUUUAUAUGUGAGAGUUAACUGUUAUAAGUCUUUACAAAGUUAUUCAGAUAAACCAUAUAAUUAAUGAACAUUUUAAACAACUUCCCUCUUUCCUUUUUAUUUUGUCCUUCUCUAGUUUUGAUAUUUAAAUAUUCCCCCGUUUGCAACUUGUGAACUGAAGUACCACAGUCUGAUUUUUUUAAAGUAGAAAAUAAUACAUAUAGGGAGAAAUAUGUUGCAGCUAUAAAUCAUUUUCAAAAGAUGCUUUAAGAGUUCAUUUGCAGAGAGCUGAGUGGCUAGAUCUUGAAGAGAUGUCUGUAAUGGUACAAAAGAUUUAUAGAGGCUACUUUAAAUGUGAUUACUUCUCUAUGGCCAGCUGUUUGUUAGUUUCUGAGACUAAUGCUAUACACAAUUCUCUAGGAGUAAACAAAUACAAAAAAAAGAAAAGAAAAAUCUUAUGCUUUGAACAUUAUUGAGAGCCUGAAUCUGCUGGAAUAUUAAUCACCAAUAAUACCUUUAAAGUUGUGUCUGGGCAUUAUGAGAAAUUAAAAAGGUGAUUAGUCAGUGGAUACUCCUUAUGAUAUUUUCAGAGUAUUGGUGCCUGCCACCAUCAGUUAAGGCUGAUUUUUAUCUUGCUUUGAAUAUACAACAUAUCUUAACUUUACAAAGUCUUUACUAAGUGGCAGAAUAAAGAAAUAAGGUUUGAAUUUGUGUUCGGCAUAAAUCAGAAAUUAAACAGAAGCCAAGAUCUGGUGUCCUAACUCCACCUCAUUCUAUUCAUUGGGCUUCGGGAGCACAAUGUGGCCCAACACUGAACAGUAUAUCAUAAUGCAUUAAAUGAAUGUCAGGAACCCCAAUUAUCCAGGAUGUAUUCAUUAUGCAAUAGUGGAAAACAACUAGUUUAUUCCCAUAGAGGCAAUGAAGUGUCAGUGGGGAAAUGUCAAGAUGUCAAGAAAAUGAUGAAGAAUGUCCUACUUUCCAGAGACUUAGCAUUUUUACAGUAACAUCCUUUCUAGAAUGUUUCCUGAUGAUUUGGUUUGCCUGUAUCACUGCAUUUAAGGAGGUCACCGCAUUUGUAUUUAUUUCAGCAGACAAUGGAUUCUCUUUUUGUUCUUGGGGUUCAGAUUUGACUUCAGAGUAUUUAGGUAAUCUGGAGGGUUAUGUAUAAUUAUACUUCAAUUUCUCCUUUUCCACAUACUAUAUUAUUUAAGUAAGCCUGUGAUAUAUUACAAUCUGAAUAGACAAUGGAAGUAGCUAAGUUCAUAUUUCAGUCUGUUUCUGGUCUUUUUUUAGUUCAGUCAUAAAGUAUCACAUUAUUGUACUAGUUAUUUUAUCUGAGUCCUACAAAAGCACCAAUUUUGCAAAAAGAAAAAGAAAAGAAGCCAUUUUCUAUGAUAGUUCUACAUGUUUCCUAGUCAGGAAUAAAUCUUUAGAAUAUUAGUCAAUAUAAUUCCACUAGAAUCAGUUACAUUAAAUGAUGGCUAUUGGAAAUCUGGUCCAGCUGCUACAGAUGACAGGAUUAUAGAAUUAGGAUAGAGUUCAUAAAUAAGAAAGCUUGCCUUUGAGAUAAGGAGAGUGUCAAGUCUGAUCAAUGCUCAGUAUCGGUCAUUCUGGCUAGGGCUGAUGGGAAUUGGAGUUCACAAAUAUCCUGAAGAUCCUUUUUAAAAAAAAAUAUAGGAAACCUAGUACCUCAGCACCAGCAGUAAUGUGCUAUGAAGUCUCUUUUCAUGCAGGUCAUGCGUUGGUCCCAAGCAAAUAGCUUAUUCUGUCAAUGGGUUUUUUCUAAUGGUUAAUCUUCCUUUUACUUUUUUUAAAUCAACCUGUUCAUUUAGAUCCUAUAUAUAGAAGGCAUAUUAGUGCAUCAUUUGUAUGACAACCCUUGAAAUAUCUGAAGUUGUAGUAAUCUCUUGAUCAUUUGUUUAGGUAAGCCACUUGCUCAAAGAAGCAAAUGGGUACCAGUGUAUGGCACUGUUUUUCAAUUUCCACUACAAGGUUGGCUAAUGUACUCCAACUUCCCUUCAUUCUUUUCUCCAGUCAUUUAUGCAGAUAUAUUACAACAAGCUAAGAAUAUGAAUCAAAUAGUAUGCAGAAGCACUUGCAAUCAUUUUUAAGACUAUAGGAAUACUUUUCACUCCACCCACGGGAGUUAAAUACUCAUUCAGAUAUUACCUUGUUAACAUUUCCCUAUAUAGUUCUAUAUUCCAAAACAUGAAAAUUCGAAAGAAGACAACUUUCAAAGCAGUUAAUGAUCAGGAGGAUAAGAAUUAUGGUAGUUUCUGUUUUUAACUAUCAUAGACCCUGAAUUGGUAAUUAUGACAGUUGUACAAUGAAUGUUAAAAAGGCUAUUUCAGCCCUAACUAAUUUUUACACAUGACUAUCUGCUAUAGAGUUUUGCAUACUUUGAAAAAGAUUUGAAAGAAGUGCCCAGAAAGUAGAAGCUUCUAUGCUAUUUCUUAAAACAGCCCUAACUUUUUAAGGCUCCUAUAUAAGUUUAAAGAGGGAUGUAGUGGCUAAGACUGAGCUUGUCAAUUGAAAGGUUGGCAGUUCAGCGGUUCGAAUCCCUAGUGCCGCGUAACGGGGUGAGCUCCCGUUACUUGUCUCAGCUUCUGCCAACCUAGCAGUUCAAAAGCAUGUAAAAAAUGCGAGUAGAAAAAUAGGAACCACCUUUGACGGGAAGGGAACAGUGUUCUGUGCGCCUUUGGCAUUUAAUCAUGCUGGCCACAUGACCACGGAGACAUCUUUGGACAGCACUGGAUCUUCGUCUUUGAAACGGAGAUUAGCACCGUCCCCCAGAGUCAGGAACGACUAGCACAUAUGUGCAAGGGGAACCUUUACCUUUAUUAUGUAAGUUUAAAGAGCAGCAUCUUUCUCCAAGUUCGCACAGAGAGCUGGACUGCUUUAACAAAUAAUAGUACUAUACUUGUCUGAUUUAGAGCACUUGCAUCCAAUCUUUUUCAAAGCAUGUGACGGUUCUAUAGACACUACAAACAAGUCUUAUAUAGAUCAGUGAAGUUUAUUUUCAGGCUACAAAAGAAAAGUCACAGUUGACUUCAGGGUAAUUAAGAUAGAGUAAUUGUCACUGCUGGAGUCAAUUAAUUAGAAGCAAUGCUGCAGUUAAAGAGGGUUCACAGAGUGAACUUUCUCCUAGAAAUAUCUUUUGUGGUGACUACUGUUUUAGAAAUUAACAAUAUUAGUUGGUUAAGAUGUGAAAGACAAUCAGGGUGAGCUUGUAGUUUUCAUUAAGCCUUCUUACUUUUUCUUCAUUAUACUACAGACACUGACAGUUCUAGGACAAAGGUUCUUUUCAGAAUAGUGUUAUAAUUAUUGGUUUCAGCAGAUUUUUGUUUCCUGUUCUUCCUUCUGAAUUCUCUGUAUAUCUUUGACAGGGAUCAUGUGAGCUUGUGUUAUGAGCAAUUAAGUGGACUGUUUUCUUUUUUUAUAAAGAGAUUGUAAACAUUACAUUUUAAGAUGGGGAUACUUGAUUUUUUUAUGAGUCAUGAAAAAAAGAAUCAAUCAAGAAGGGAUAAAAAAAAUCUUUGCUAGAAGGUUCCAUUUCUAUCUUUUUUAUUUAUUUUUUGAUAUUUUUCCCCCUGUGGCCUCCAUUAAUGGGAAAAAAAUAUUGGCCAGCCUCUGUUGUCUAGAGAUCAUGCAAAAUGUGAAAAGCAAUCAUUGAAAAAGCUAAUUGUUGAAUACAGAGUUUCCCUUUCCUGUCCAUAUUGUUCUCUUGAGGACUUCUUCUUUUGCAUGGAAGGAAGUUGUCAGAGAUUCCCAAAAUUCUUGAUUUGCUCUGUGCACCUUGGGACAUGUCUGAAGUGCCAUUGGGCUGACAAGAGCUAAUUUCACGUAAUGCCCCUCUACUGGCUUCUCAAGAAGCCUGUCUAGGGAAAGUGUUUCCACAAUGGAUCCACAGCAUUUACUUCCUUCCUUUUUUGUGGUGUAUGAUCAGUGGCAGUGGGAAGAUGAAGAAACCUAUAUUGGUUGUUUGUACAUAAAAUAUAUAUAUAAAGAGAGAAGACAAUAAUCUAUAGAUUCUAUUUCUAUUGUAUAUUUAUUCUGUAAAUGUUGGUGUAAAUUCUGUUAAAUGAGAAACAUAUUCCAAAGUGAUCAGUGAAAUAUUUUCAUUCUCAGUGCUGUACAGAUAUAUUUUAUUGUACAUUUGAUAUAUUUAUAAUUUUUUAGUGUCUGAUUAGUGACCACAUCCUGCUGAGCUGCCCAUGGGGUGGGAGGGAGGGGGUGGAGCACAAAAGGGCACUCCUGUCAUUAUUUCUGUGAAAAUCUGUAACAGUAUUUCAUUGUGGCAUUUUGCUAAGCAGCAACUGGGGUGUGAUGGGAAUAAGUGUUAGACGCCUUGAGCAAUUGAUCCAUCGAGUCUCUCUGUGUUAAGACUCAUAUCUGCUGUUGUGCUUAUCUUUGUUCUACUAGAGUUAGUUUUCUUCCUAUAAUAUAAUCUGUUUCAAGGCCAUUCUGUUGCUUUUGUAUGGAUAUUCUAUGUCUGUGGAUUUGGACCAAGGUAAAUGUCUGGCUUAUUCUGACAGGAUUACUGAAGCGCUGCGUUAAUUUGUGACCUGUGUUCAGCUAUAUUGCCAAUAGAAUGAGCCCAAAAUAUGGUCAUGUACUGUAUGCUGCUAAACUAAAACAUAGAAAAGGAUAAUGGCGGAGGGGAUAUCAUCUUCUGUCAAUGUAGAAUAAUGUAGGGCCUGUUGCUUAACAGAUGUAGGAUCAUAUAUGCCCAAUCUUUGUAAAACAAAUAGCAAAUAGAAGUUAAUGAAUAUGCUAUAUUCCUGCUCACUUGAUGGAAUGAGCCUUUCCAGCUUGGUGCCUUCUGGAUUUAUCAGAGUUAAAUUGCUGUUAUCUCAAGCAACAUUACACUAACCAACCUCAAAGCUGGCAAUUAUGGAAAGUGAGAUUUAACUCAAAUAGAAGGCUCCAGGUAGGAAAGGCAGACUAUUUUCUUCCAUUCAUCACUGGGCUACCCCUUAGCUAAACCUUAUCUAGCCACUUGGGAUAGGCAAAAAAAACCUACAGCUUUUGUAAAUACAAGUAUCUAGAAGAGAAUCGCUACCUGUAACCUAUCUGGAACAUGUCUGAUAAUAUUCAUGUUUCUUACUAAGAAUAAGCCCAGCAAUCUAAGAAAAUGCUUUUAAUGCUAAUACUCCUACUGAUUUUAUGUGCUUCCAGAAGUAGGAGACCAUGAGAAGAUUGAAAUGGCAGGCAACUUCAUAUAGAUUCUCCGUAAGAUUCCAGGAAUGAAGCAAUGUCUUUGCAAUUUAAAAGUCUUGUCUGAAACAAUCUGCUAUACAGUACAUUUCCUAUAUCUUGGUCCAAAAUCAAAAUAUUAAAUUUCUUGGAGCCAACCGUAUAACUAUUGUCUUGGAAACAAGUUGUGGCCUCUAAAUUUUGGGGGCUUCCACUUUGAUCAGCCUUUCCAGCAUUGGAAUGAUGUAGUUCUCUUAUCAAAAAUACCUGAUGGGCAACAUGCGGAUAUUGUAAACCACCCAAAAAGUGCCCUAAAGCAGGGCUCUCCAACCUUGGCAACUUUAAACCUGGUGGACUUCAACUCCCAGAAUUCUGGGAGUUGAAGUCCAUCAGGCUUAAAGUUGCCAAGGUUGGAGACCCCUGCCCUAAAGUACUAUGGGGCGGUAUAUAAGUCUAAGUGCUAUUGCUAUCUGAAAGCAUGAGUUGCCUGAACCAUAUUCAUGCUUAAGGUCCAAAUGGAUCCUCUAACUAUUCGUGGCUCACCUAUGACAUCAUAAACUGAGCCCAACUUUCUGCCAUCAUGAGUUGAUCCUUCUAGUCAGUGAGUCAAUGUUCCCAAGAUAUACCUCAUUCUAGGUUCUAAAAAAGACUUAUAAAGCAAACAACGAAUGAGGAUGUGAUGAAUCCCAGUGGGAUGAUAUGUGGUUAGAUUAUUAUGAGGUGAAAUGGAAUUAUUAUGAUAGAAGUACAGUAAGGAGGGGGUGGCAAUAUUAUCUGUCUGAUUCUAUGCAAAGAUAGGCACGCUUAGUUACUAUAUAUGGCCAUGGGAUGGCAGCAUAGAAACUUUUUUUUGCCAUCUAUAAGUCGUCUAAAUUUUGUUGCUCACAUACGGUAAUCCUAAACGUGCGUCAGAUUAUUCUGUAAAACAAAAACAUAGUGGGAUUAUUUUAUAGUAAAGUCAGCAACAUUGAACACCAAUGGCAGCCUCCUGAAAUUAACUCAGCCUUCCUUCUGAUAGUACCGUUUAGAUCAGGGCUCUCCAACCUUAGUAACUUUAAGACUUGUGAACUUCAACUCUGGGAGUUGAAGUUCACAAGCCUCCCUCAACUCUGGGAAUUGAAGUUCACAAGCCUUACUAAGGUUGGACAGCCUUGGUUUAGAUGAGAUGUGAUUGCAGCUUCUAGAAUUUGUAAGCCAUCACACCAAAAGCUGAGUUACUUCAAGAUGGUUAGUAUUUUCAGACCCAAAUGUUACAAGUCUGAAAUUUCAACCUCAGAACUGAGGCUGGUGCUUAUCAGUUCUACAGUAAUUCUAUUCUGGAUGUUUUUUUUUAACCAGCUGAUCAUUUGUGCUUUGCCUCAAUGUUCUAAUAUUCCAGUCAGUCUCAUUGACUGUAAUUUUGAAAUUAAGCACUGCUUUCAGAUUACUGAAACGUUCUGCAGUUUUUACAAAACAUCUAGCAAGAAAAAAAAGCAGCAGGAAGUUCAAUAGUGAACCUACACUCUUAAUGCAUAAUCUUCCCACACACCUCAGGUGGCUUUAAGAAGAAUAUGUUUAAUCUGUCAAAUUUUACUAGGUAUUCUUUUUAUAGUAUUUAAUGUAAGGCUUUUUAAAGUCCUACUGGGUCCUAUAGGCAGCUACAAAUGGUGCCUACCAUAAACGUGUAGUAAUACUUAUUUAACUCUCUAUGGUAUGAUUUCUUGGCUCCCACCAAGGAAUUUACAUCAACCUACUAUAGUCCAUAGCCCUGUGUCAUAGAGUAUAUAGACGAUAUCAUAAGAGUAUAUUAGUAAUAGAGAAUUAACGGGAAAACCCUUUUUUUAAAAAAGGAAGUCUCACAUAUGUCAUCUUCAUUUACAAUCAGAAAACUGCAAUAUUAUUGAAACUGCUGUCAGAAUAAACUUUGAUUGCCUGAAUCUAUUGAUGUUAUUCAAAACAUCUUUGGGACAGAACAAAUAUACAUUGAUUUUACAGUAAUCCAGAAAGAUGGAGAAUAAUUAAAUGCUAUAUUAGUCUAUCUCAUGGAAAAAGAGUCAGGAUGAAGGUAGUGUAGAUUUAAGUUUAUAUUGCAGCACUGGAUCAAUUGGCUCCCAGACUUGCAUCUUGAAUCCAUGCUGAAAAGCCUGUACAUGAAAUGAGGAUGGUGAACUUGAGGAAGGAGGCUGCUGGAUUUUCUGAAUUGCCUGCAUAGAAAAAAAAAACUAGAAAACAUAUGGCUCAUGAAACUGGAUGGGGGUGGGAGUGAGUGGGAAGCACAAUUUGUAGUGACUUAUCUCAUAUACACCAUAGUCAGUGUAACUACUAUCCCAAGCACCCUGUGUCAGCAGGAAAAUUCUGUUGUAUGGGAGAAAUACUGUAACAACCCAUAGCAGCCUGCAAUUAAAAGAGUUUCUUCUUUACCUUG